AUGGGUGUGCAAAAGAAGACACGCAAGUUUGCAACAGUCAAGCGUGUGAUCGGACAACGCGACGCGCGGCUGAAGAAGAACAUUCUCACGAAUGAAGGCGAACCCAAGAAGAAGGAAGAGGAUCAACUCGUGCGAAAUGUUCCACGAGCGCCGAGCAAUAUGUUCUUCCAGCACAACACUGCGCUCCAGGCACCUUACAGCGUUCUGGUCGAUACCAAUUUCCUAUCGCACACCGUUCACCAUAAACUACCUCUUCUCCCGACACUGAUGGACACUCUAUACGCCACCUGUACACCAAUCAUCACGUCUUGUGUCAUGGCUGAAUUGGAGAAAUUGGGUGCCAAAUACCGAAUUGCGCUGCAAAUCGCAAGAGAUGAGCGUUGGGAGCGACUGCAGUGCGACCACAAAGGCACGUAUGCUGAUGAUUGCAUUGUGGAUCGUGUUAUGAAGCACCGUGUAUAUUUGGUGGCGACGAACGACAGAGAUCUGAAGAGGAGACUGCGGAAGGUUCCAGGUGUGCCAAUCAUCAGUGUUGCAAGAGGCAAAUAUGUCAUUGAACGAUUACCGGACGCCCCGGAGAAGUAA